GUACAACUUUUUCUUUUUUCCUUUCUACUAAAAAUCAAAAAUGUCUCAACCUCAAUUCAGUGAAAACGACCAACGUGAACUUGCCCAGUUCCUCGAAGCCGAGCAAGCAAAGGCCAGAGUCCAAGAAGUUGUUCAUAAUAUGACCGAUACUUGUUGGGAUAAGUGUAUUUCUAAGGUCAACAACAAGUUGGAUCGCUCAGAGGAAGCUUGUCUCGCCAACUGCGUUGAUAGAUUUUUAGAUACCAGUUUAUUCAUCGUCAAGCGUUUGGAAGAUAUGAGAUCUAGCAGCAUGUAAACAGGAUUUAUCAAAACGAACAAACAACAUCUUUUUUCAUAUUCUCGAAAUACGAUAUGUACAUUAUAUAUAGAAACUUUUCUUUAAUAAAAAAAAAUACGAUUUUUAUUCUAACAAACAA